AUGGCGCCGAAGGUGUUCGGGCCGGCCACGUCGACGAACAUGGCGAGGGUGCUCGUCUGCCUAGAGGAGGUGGGCGCCGAGUAUGAGCUUGUCGACAUCGACUUCCCCGGCAAGGGGCAUAAGCGCCCUGAGCACCUCACCAGGAAUUUCGGGCCGGCCGCGUCAACGAAUAUGGUGAGGGUGCUCGUCUGCCUAGAGGAGGUGGGCACCGAGUACGAGCUUGUCGACAUCGACUUCCACGAGUCAUGCGCCAUUGCUAAAUACGUGCUUCGCAAAUACAAGUCGGAGCAAGUGGACUUGUUGAGGGAGAGCAAUCUGAAGGAAGCUGCCAUGGUAGACAUAUGGACGGAGGUCGAAGGACACCAAUACCACCCGGUCCUCUCACCGAUCGUGCUGGAGUGCUUUAUAUACCCGACCUUACGCGGUCUUCCCACGAAUCAAAGGAAUGUGGAUGAAAGCUUGGAGAAGGCGAAGAAGGUUCUAGAAAUCUACGAAGCCCGCCCGUCCAAACACAAGUAUUUAGCGGGUGAUUUUGUCAGCUUUGCAGAUCUAAACCAUUUCGCGUGUACUUUCUACCUCAUGGAUGCGACGCCAUAUGCGUCUCUGUUCGACUUGUACCCACACGUGAAAGCUUGGUGGGAGGAUAUGAUGUCCAGGCCGUCCAUGAAGAAGCUCGGUGCAGGUAUGACCACGAGGGUUUAGCUACAAGCAAUUGCACGAAUCAUAUGCUGCUUCUGGUUUGAAUUUCUUCUCCUUUGCUUUGUGGCAACAUCGAAUGAUUUGAAGGAUCACUUGUGUAAUCCCGCGCGCACCUCGGCUCUCACUCAAUCUUCACAAGCUAUGCUUUGUAGUAUGACUCGGUUUGCGUUCCACUUUGUUUCUUAGUGUUCAAAUCCAUGCUAUGAAAUUCA